AUGGCCCAAAAUCAAGGGGAGAUUCAGGUGGCACCGAAUCAACCCCUAAAUAAGGAUAAGGAUAUUUAUGCUUGCCUUCCUGAUAUACGUACCCAUGGUCCCUUGGGACCCGAUGAACCGUGUCCUGGUGGCGAAGAAUUGCGAUGGUUGCCUGCACAGGCCACUGAUAGAGACUUGGUGAUGUAUUUAAGGGCCGCACGUUCUAUGGCAGCAUUCGCUGGUAUGUGUGACGGUGGUUCGCCUGACGACGGUUGCGUUGCCGCCAGUCGUGAUGAUACUACAAUUAAUGCACUCGAUGUACUCCAUGACUCUGGGUAUGACCCAGGCCGUGCUUUACAAGCUCUUGUAAAAUGUCCUGUCCCUAAAGGGAUUGAGAAAAAGUGGUCAGAAGAGGAAACCAAACGAUUUGUUAAAGGGAUCAGACAAUUCGGUAAGAAUUUUUUUAAGAUAAAAAAGGAUUUAUUACCACAUAAAGACACUGCAGAAUUAGUAGAGUUUUAUUAUUUGUGGAAAAAGACACCCGGUGCUAGCAGUAAUAGACCACAUAGAAGACGUAGGCAGGCUUUGAGAAGGGUGCGGAAUACUAGAAACUCUAGGGCGGGUACCCCCAAAGAGCAAACACCUGAAGCGACACCUCCAAUGCCUGAAACUAAUGGCUCUCGACCAUCACCAAAUCCUAAAGAAGGUGCUGAAAUGAGUUCUGUUACAGAAGAUGAAAAUUCGGAAGAUGACAGUGAUUCACGGGAGGCUGGUGAUCUAGCUAAAGUUGAAACUGGUAGGAGUGGAGAUAAUCCAGAUGACUCUCCAAGUAGAAUGAGAACAAGAAAUAAGUCUAAGGAACAAACAACCCCUAUUAAAAAGACUCAAGAUGAAAGUGAUAAUGAUAUUAAGAAUAAGAAACCUACUAAGCCUGUUAACAUACCAAGUACAAAUACUAUUCCCGAGAAAGUACCAUCUUCUCCAGUCAGUAAGGAUGCUAAAAAGAAAGUUGCUAAUGGAAAAGUUGAUGUAUCUAAAGUUAAGAAACGUCUGCCAGAUGAUUCCAAAAUAGAAGGUAUUAUGGAUGGUGAUGUACAAAUGAAGAAAAAGAAAGCUGCCGAACCUCCUGAAAGUCCUUCGGAGAGUCUCACUAAUGACAGUUUUCCUGCGAUGGAUGAAACUGAGACACCAGAGGCUGAACCAGAAGCCUGUGACUAUAGCUUUAAUAAGACUGACAAGGAGAAUAUAGAGCAUAAUAAAGAAUCAGAAUUAGAACAACCAGUGAAACCCAAUGAACCGCAAAUUAAAAUGGAGCCAAGUAUUGAGCCAAUCAUUAAGAUGGAGAAGGACCUGUUGCCACCUGUUUUCAAAGCAGUUCCUGAUAAAGAUAGCAGACCUGCAUUAGAUUUAAAAACUGAUUCAAAUUCAGCCAAAAAUCAUGACAACAAUGAAACUCGACCACUUUCAGUUUUCUCUAAGACAGAAUUAAUCAUACCUAAAGUUCAUCCUCCAAUGACUACAGAGGCAAUGGAAAAAAUUAAAAUUAAGGAAGAAAUAGAUACAGAGGAGCAAUCACUUAAUUUACAAAAAGAUGAAUUUCAAAAAGACCCGCUUGCUCAAAACUAUCCCCCUCAUUCAAUAAAUCAAGUGAAUAAGCCUCUCAAUUUAGAGCAUACAAAUUUCUUUGUAAAGGACAGCCAUAUCUACAAUCCUAAACUUAGUCACAGCAUCAAAAUUGAACCUGUAUCAAAUUCAAUAUUUAAUCCUGUUAACAUUACUAAAGAUAAUAACUCUAUAAUAAGAAGUGCUAAAGAUUUUUCAAGUGGUAUGCCUCCAUUCUCUUAUCCACCUAAUAUGAAUUUUGCAAAUGAUCCAAAUAAACACAAUCCUUUAAUGAAUCCAUUAAAAACUGUUAUAAAGUUAGAACCAAGAGAUGAAGCAAGUGAAAUGAAAAAUCCAAACACUCCUGAAAUAUUUACAGCAACAAUAUCAGCUAACAAGGUGGACUCACCAAAUACACCAAGACUUGAUUCAUUACAGAGAAUAAGCCCUUCACCAACAAGUGCCCGAGGUUCAACACCACCAAACAUGGACCAUCCAUCUGCAACCAACACUGAACCUAUAUCACCUGCAAAUAUGCAAGAAAUUAAGUCACAAGAAUUGGAGACUGAUGAUAAACAGCCUACAGAUUUGAAAACUCAGCCUAAGGCUGACAGUCAAAGCGUAAACUUAAGACAACCAAUUUUCCCAGCACCAAUAAGACCUGAAAAUCUUGGAAUCAGACCUACAGAGACACCUGCUAUACCUGUGUCUGGACAAAGUAUGCCUCCUCCACUUAGUCAGCCAUCAAUUUCAGGCUUGUUACCACCAGGACCACUUAUAUCCGUGAGUGGUGGGCCUCCUAAUGUCGGUCCUUAUGGGUUUAUGCCCGCGUCAUUAUAUGGACAUCAUGGGCACCCUGGAUUAGAAAAACCCAACUCUAUGCCGCCACUAAUGCAGCAAGUGCCUCCAUCCCAUGGUUUGCCUGGAACAGGUUUAAUGCAACCACAAUCUAAUCAAUCUGAUCCAUCAAUGCCGCAAGACUUAAAGAUAAAACAGGAAGUGCCAGAUAAUAUGCCUGCUAACCUGUCUACACAAAAUGUUUCCGAUCCAUUACAAUCACUCAAGGAGGUUAAAGUACCAGGAUAUCCAAUUGGAAGCAGCAUUUCACAGCAUUUGAAUUCCGAGAGAGAUAGGGAAUCAAUGUCGAGUGUCGAAAAUAACAGCAGACCACCAAGCCAACCUACAAAUGAAAGUUCAAGUAUGCAAAGUCCCUUCCUUGGACCUAGAAUUGAGAGCAUUAAAAAGGAGCCAGAUUUUCUUCACCAGCCACAUAUUACACCGGUUUCUACUAGUCAAGGUAGUGGAUCUGACUCAGGAAGCACUCUUCCCCCUGUUAAGAGUCCACAAACACCAACUCCUAUUAAAAGCCAAUCGAGUCACAAUGGGGCCCCAAGCCAUCCACACUCUUCGACAACUACAUCGCCCUUUUCUAGGCAUCUUACAAGCCCUUCGCAGUCAAGACAAAUUUCUGCGUCGCCUGUACAGCCUAACACGCCAGUAUCGCAUUCAGCGUUAAGCUUAAUGAAUCCAUCUCCAUUGUCUAUCCCUUCUACAAUGGCGGGACCAGUUAUCCACUCUGGUCAGCAACAUGGCCAUCCACAUCCAUUUGCGUCGCAUUUACAUCAUCCACACCAUCCACUUCUGCAUCCAUCUUCAAUAUUCCAGCUCUCAGCAGCUGCUGCCGCGCAUGCUAUGCAUCCCUAUUAUCCCCAUCCUCACCCGGGCUAUUCAAUGCCGUAUCCCUAUCCUUAUGGACCUUUGCCACAACCCCAUCCGAUUCCUCCAAUGCAUCCUUCAGCAAGCACUCCAGGAAGACAUGAUCCAACUAAACCAAGUACCAUUGAGUCUACUACCAUGUUGAGUGCGCAUCAUAGUACGAGUUCAUCUGUUACCACGCGGUCUUUACGUGAGAUUUCUGAAACAACAGAGGACCCACGAAACCCAAAUGCAACAACAGAGAGACAUCAAUUGCACGAAACGACGAUGACUCAUCAUCACUCGACGAGCCAUCACAGUGCUGUACAUACUAGUACAGAAAAACAACCCAGCCAUGUCGGGGGUGGAACGAAUCAUACACUUUCUAUUUCUCACUCGACGUCUAGUAGCUCGUCACAAUCUAUUCAACAUAAGAUUAAUACGCAGCAAAAGAAUAGCGCUCAUUCAAGUUCUCCGCAUCACUUAUCGGCAAGUGUUUCUCAAACAACAAGUUCCUCGUCAAGUGUGAAUGUGACCAAUAAUCAUACGCAUCAUCAUUCACACCACUUGGCCCAUCACCCUGAAAGGCUAUCUCCUGCUGACUCUAUGUUAUUACGACAUCACCCGAAAAUGCUUCCAGGUAAUCCUAACCAUCUAAUGAUCCCACCGCCAUCGAUGGGUCAUCCUAUGAGCCUGGCACUACCGGGACCAGGACCUAGCUCAAUAGAAAGCCUUAGAUUACAUGCUCAAGCUGCAGCGGGAUUACAAGCGGUGCACGGUAGGUCUGGAUCUCCUCAUCAACUCGGACAAGGGCACCCCCAUUUGCGUGGUCCUCCACGACCGAUGCCUGAAGACAACCCAGAGUUAAAACUAGAAACACAGUCGGUACCAGAAGAAGAAGAAAUUCCGAGCCCUGCUCAUAUUCCCCACGGGCCAAGUCCGGAACCUAAAAUUGAAGAUACAGAAUGUCAUAGAUCACAAUCUGCUAUAUUCUUACGGCACUGGAAUCGCGGUGACUACAAUUCUUGCACUCGAACCGAUCUCAUAUUCAAACCGGUACCUGAAUCUAAACUGGCUCGUAAACGUGAAGAACGUUUGAGGAAGCAAGCGGAAAGAGAUAGAGAAGAACGGGAAAAGAUAGCUCAACAGGCGCAUAGAAAAAUAGCGACACCAGAAAAACCCGACACCAAACCUCCAUCCAGGGGUGCCAUUGAAACCAUAUCCUCACCAUAUGAUAGGUUUCCCCGUCCGCCUGGGUACCCUGAUUCGCCGUCUCUGCGACAACUUUCAGAAUACGCCAGACCACACGCCGGUUUUAGCCCUGGCAACCUGCCCCGGCAUUGCAUGGAUCCCAUGUUGCAGUAUCAGUUGAGCUCCAUGUAUGGUGCCGCAGGUGCCCGUGAAAGGCUCGAGUUAGAACAUCUAGAAAGAGAGAAACGAGAUAGAGAGAUUAGGGAGUUACGCGAACGAGAAUUGAACGAUAGAUUAAAAGAGGAACUGCUAAAGAACAAUGUUGGACCUCGAGCGUUAGAUCCGCAUUGGUUAGAAAUGCAUCGAAGAUACGGGAUGCCUCCGCCGCCACCUCAAGGUGCGAUACCCGUACAGUUUGGUCUAUAUCCGCCCGGACAUGGACCUGGAGCAUUAUCACAGUUAGAACGAGAACGUUUGGAGAGGCUUGGCAUACCGCCGGCCAGUGCGGGCGGACCCCCACCUUCGGUACCUGUUACCGGUGCACCGCCGCACCAUCCGCACCACCCACACCCUGGCGUCGCUGCAGCACAACUGGAAGCAGCCGAGAGGUUAGCGCUAGCCGCGGAUCCGAUGGUCCGCUUGCAAAUGGCGGGAAUAAAUCCUGAAUAUCACGCACAUACGCACGCUCACACGCAUGCGCAUUCUCACACUCAUUUACACUUACACCCUGGACAACAGGCGGCGGCCCAGGCUCAACAGGAUGCGUUAGGCUUAGGCCUAGGCGGUAGUGGGCCGUACCGACCUUUGCCACAUCCAGACUUGCUUGGGCGGCCGUACGCGGAACAAUUGGCGCAGCAGGCGGCGGCUCAUGAGCAACUUCAGAGGCAAUUGCUGUUGGAGCGCGAGCGCGGCUUCCUUCACCCCGCGCAUCAUGAAGAAUUCUUGCGACAGCAACGGGAGAGGGAGUUGAAGGUUCGGGCCCUCGAGGAGGCGGCCCGCGCCUCGCGACCGUAG